AUGGCAACGGUGGAACGGCUGGUCCUGUCUUGGUCAGGAUCAGGCCUCGACAACUUAUUUUAACUGUGGAAGGGACACACGCCAUAAUCCAUCAGAACUUGAGAAGACCAGGCAGGAGCUCAGUGAGAAAAAAAAAAAGUUUAUUCAUAUCGUUCGUCCGCACCUCUCACUUCUCGAACUGCUGUGAUUUUCGCUUACCUUUCAUCUUUCAUGUCUUAAUAAUACUUCUCAAGAUACCGUUUCUUUAUCAUCAUCACCAUCCCUGCUCUAUUUUACUUGCCAAUGGGCUCCAAUGUUCUUUCUCAGGUGUCUUUGAUUAAUUUUCCGGUGUUGUUUGUGGUUCCAAAGAACCCCACUCAUUGGGGUCCGAAGAGGCCAGGAUAUUCUUCUUUCUUCCGUCCCUCCGAGCUCAAUUCAUUCGCAACUGAACUUUCUAGGGUUUCAUCCAAUUCUAUCCACUCCAGCCUUUCAAAGCGCGGAAAGCAACCUUUUGUUGUUAGAGCUGAUGAAGAGGGAGUGGAUGAAGUUUCUGAAGCUCCUAUUGCAGAGGAGGCUGCACCCGAAUCUGGGUCAGAAACUGAGUCAGAGUCUCAAAUGGAUGCCGCCGCAAAAGAGGAAAAGCCUCCCAGGAAGCCUCGGAUUAAGCUCGGAGAUAUAAUGGGGAUAUUGAACAAGAAAGCAGUUGAAGCAGCUGAUACUGAAAGGCAUGUACCGGAUCUUAGGACUGGUGAUAUUGUAGAGAUCAAGCUGGAAGUUCCAGAAAACAGGAAGAGAUUGUCUGUUUAUAAAGGUAUAGUCAUGUCAAAGCAAAAUGCUGGUAUUCACACUACCAUUCGGAUUCGGAGGAUCAUUGCUGGUGUUGGGGUUGAGAUUGUGUUCCCUAUAUAUUCACCAAACAUCAAAGAGAUCAAGGUAGUAAAACACCGUAAAGUGAGGCGGGCAAGGUUGUACUAUUUGCGAGACAAACUUCCAAGGCUUUCCACUUUCAAGUGAAGUCUUCAGUGAAUUUAUGCUUUGUUUAUGUGUGGAUGUAUCUUUACUCUUUUCCCUCUUUGGUAUCCGGAUCUGUAAUGUUUGCUCAAUACUAUGGUAGGGGAUAAAAAAGAGUUGGUGUCAAUUUUUGUCUUCAGAUAUGCUAUUGUGUUUGUCACUUUGUCCUCUUGUAUCAAAUUAACAGUGUUUGAGUUUGUUUUUAGUCUUUUUACUUAUAAGAAAUUAUUUAUUUAGAG